AAACAUCGAUUCAACGCUUUUUUGUUGUUGUUAGAUUGUUUGAUUUUUUUUAUUAAGUCAGUGCACGUAAUUUGAUGUGAAUUUAUUGGGAAUCAAUAAUUUUUUGUGUUAUAAUUCAUAAAAAUAUUUCCAAACACGAUAUUGAUACUCCAAACUCCACUAACUUAUAGUUGGAGGGGGUUAAGUGGUUAAAGACGGGUGUUUAAAGGUAUCGUUCAAAAAGUGCACCAGUGCCACCAGAGCGCGAGCAAUCGGUGGGAAGUAUCUUAUAUCUUUUACCUGUCUUGGGUAAAUUCUAUUUUUUUUCUGUUACUUUUGUCCAUUGUGUGCUUCAAGUGCUGCGGGUUUGUUUCUUUAUUUUUGUUGUUGUUGUUGGUUAAGAAGGGAGCAAAUUCCUUUUGCGCUUAAUUUCGAUUUUACUAUUUUUAUUGUGAUUUUUUUGUUAAUUCUUUUGUUGUUGGUUUGGUUCACGAAUCAAAGAGUGGAGUCUAAGGGGCUAAGAAGAGAAAGGAGUGUGGAGGUGAUUUAAAGUGUCUUUUUGCCGGGGGACUUAUUACCUAGGCUAUAAGCUUGCGCAUAUGCGGAAAUUAGAAAAAAAAACGAGUUGAAGGUGUUAUUUUUACGGUAUCCAGUUUGUGCAUAUAUAUUGUCACUUGUCGCAUAAAUGCAGCGUAUACCUUUUAAGAAUGUAGCUGUUAUAGCAGCUUCAUAAUUUAAUUAGUGUAAAACUUCAUCCUCUUUAUAUUAAAGUAAAAACGAAAGUUCCUUUUAAGGACGAAAACAAAUUUGAAAAAUGAAAAAAACUAUACCGAAUACAAAAAAAUAAUUUAAUUCAAAUCAUGAGCAGGAUGAAGAAUGUCCCUACUCACAUUAAUCCCUCAGCAACAAUAUCCGCAUGUUACGCUACCAAAAACUCUACAUCAACCACUCAACACUAAAGUAAUGAACAAACUCAAAACCAGUGAUCUACUGGCAUCGCAUAAACUCAAUGUUCUCGAUAGUCAACAACAGUCGCAUCUUCGAAAUAGCAUUCGAUUUUGUAGCAAGGAUUUUAUUGAAAGUACCAACAGUAGCAGGAGCAGCAGUAGCCUGAGUACUCUUGCUAGUAAUGGUAGUGUCGUUAUAAUGAACAGUACUGGUCAACCAAAUACACAACAGCAAAAGUUAUUGAAACAAUCCAGCGACCAGCAGCUACAGCUACAGCAACAGCAACAACAACAAUCAUCAAUAACCGCAUCAAUGGUUGUUAAAAAGCAAGCACCACAGCACCAACAAUCGCAAAAACAGCAACAACAACAAAUCGCAACAAAUUCAUCAGGAGCAACAGGAGCAGCAACGGUAGGAGUUGCAACAACAGCAGCAACAGUGGCAGCAUCAGUAACCGGCAAUCAUCUUGUCGUCCGGGGGAAUGGUAAGAUCCAGGCACCAAUGCAACCUCCACCGACAUCAGCCAACAACAACAACGGACAAACAAAUGGGACAACAAUUGGGACGGCACCCGACGCGCGGGCCAAACAGGUGCUAAAGGAAGCUGUCGAUGCGGUGGUAAAUAGUUUCGCCAAACAUACCCAGGGAUAUGGCAGAGGUAAGACCAAAAAUGAGGAAAACAGUUAAAUUAAUGAUUUAAACAUCAUUUACAAUUUUUAAAGUAAGUAAAGAUCAUGCUAUCCUCAG